GAACCAGAUUUAUUCAUGGGUCCCUCUAAAUUGGUUCUCUUGCCCAUAUCUCCAUCAUUCUCAUCAUAACAUUAUAACAUUGAUGAUUUUUCUCUUCUUCUUGUUCUUCUAAAAAUCUUGAGACUCUUCAUCCCCUCAAUUUCAAAGAGCUAUAAAUAUUGCUUGAAACAGUAAAAGAUAGAGAUAGAGAUAGAGAAGAGGAGAGAUAGGUGGUGCUGAUGAUCAGUGAAGUUAGGCUAAACCCACUUUCUAUUUAUGUAUAAUUAGGUCAAUCACAUCACCUAUCUAACCUUUUUCCCCCUCCAAUUCUCCUCCUCUCCUUCCAAAUUUUAGGGUUUUUGCUUCUCUCCUCCUUUCUCAAUUUCAAAGUCACCCCUCAGGAAGCUGUGAAGUCAUCGAAACCCAUUUCUUGGUCACAUCUUCAAGAGAGAUCUGAAAAUUGUAAAGAUGAUGACGAAUCUGUCUCUUUCAAGAGAUGGAGAUGAAGAAGAAGAAGACGAAGAAGAGAAGAAGCUUUUACAAGAAGGAGAAGGAGCUAGAGAAGUAGUAGAGAGAGAGCACAUGUUUGACAAAGUGGUGACUCCAAGUGAUGUUGGGAAGCUAAACAGACUUGUGAUCCCAAAGCAACACGCAGAGAGAUUCUUCCCAUUAGAUUCAUCCUCAAACGAGAAAGGUUUGCUUUUAAACUUCGAAGAUCUCACAGGCAAAUCUUGGAGGUUCCGUUACUCUUACUGGAACAGUAGUCAAAGCUAUGUCAUGACCAAAGGUUGGAGCAGAUUCGUUAAAGACAAAAAGCUUGACGCCGGAGAUAUUGUCUCUUUUCAAAGAUGUGUCGGAGAUUCAGGGAGAGACAGUCGUUUGUUUAUUGACUGGAGGAGACGACCUAAAGUCCCUGACCAUCAUCCUCACUUCUCCGCCGGAGCUAUGUUCCCUAGGUUUUACAGUUUCCCUUCUACAAGUUACAAUCUCUAUAACCAUCAGCAGCAACGUCAUCAUCAUCAUCACGGUGGUGGUUACAAUUAUCAUCAAAUCCCGAGAGAGUUUGGUUAUGGUUAUUUCGUCAGGUCAGUGGACCAGAGGGUCAGUAGUUCUGCGGCGGUGGUGGCUGAUCCGUUAGUGAUCGAAUCUGUGCCGGUGAUGAUGCACGGAAGAGCUAAUCAAGGACUUGUUGGAACUGCCGGGAAGAGACUGAGGCUUUUCGGAGUUGAUAUGGAAUGUGGCGAGAGUGGAAUGACGACCAACAGCACCGAGGAGGAGGAGUCAUCUUCCGGUGGGAGUUUGCCACGUGGCGGAGGUGGUGGUGGUGCUUCAUCAUCUCCCUCUUUGUUCCAGCUGAGACUUGGAAGCAACAGUGAAGAUGAUCACUUCUCUAAGAAAGGAAAGUCUUCGUUGUCUUUUGAUUUGGAUCAAUAAUUAAUGAUGAUUAUAUUAGUUGGUAUAUCUUGGAAAAGUACACAUAAUUCUACAUAUAUAUAUUUAUAUAUGACGUUAUAUAAUAUGCAUUGAUUUCAUUACAAAUUUAUUGGAGAUCAAUUGAUAUAUGUUCUAAUAAUAGUGAAAAUUUAUGGA